CACAAUAACAAAAACACCCACUUUGUCAGACCCCCCCACAAGAAAGCAUUUAGUACAUGUAGCUAGUUCCUAACUUGAGGGCCAGAUAUGUCAGAACAAAAAGAAUAUGGAGAACUAACAAUCGACAAACUGAUGACAAAUACAGGACUAACAGACGAGCAAGUGAACCAAGAAAUUGCUGAGAAGGAUUUGUCUAAAAUAGCCGACCUAUUUGACAAUAUAGACGACCUUUGUGAGCAGUUUGGGCUCUCUCCUCCAGAAAAAACAGAUGUCAAAAGACUACAGCAUAGAAGUACAAAAAAUUCGACUAAAAAAGCUCUAGAAUACUGGAGAAAUCGAUUCCCUUAUAUGGCUACAUUCAAGAACCUGCUUAUCAUAUUAUUGGACAUUAAGAAAGGAGGUGUGGCUAAAGACGUGGCUGAAUACAUUUCCAACAGAGGAGCAACAAAUGAGCAACCAAGGCCGAAGGAGGAGAAGAAGGAUUUUUGCUAUUACCAGUAUUUCAUUUCAGCAGGUGUUGUCAUACUAGCCACAGGUCUGGCUCUUUGGGUACUGGCUCCGUGCAUUGAAGACCACUCAAUUAGACUACCAACCCCAAUUUUCAAGAUGACCAAGUUUGAGCAGUACAAGGAGAAUGACACUGUAUGGCGCUCCCCUCCAGUCUACACCCAUCACAGGGGCUACAAGAUAAUUUUGGGUGUGUAUCCCAAUGGAUAUCCAGGCAAAGGAAGACACGUUGGAGCGGGUAUAUUCUUCAUUAGAGGAGAGUUUGAUGAUUCUUUAAAAUGGCCGUUUCGAGGAACUAUACAUUUCAGACUAAUAGAUCAGCUCCAUGGAGAAGAUCAUGUGGAGCAUACAGUUAUAUAUAAUAACACGGUUGAAAGUAUGUACUCUGACAGAGUGGUUGAGGAAGAAGAGGCCACACUUGGACUGGGAAACCCAAUUUUGAUCAAGCAUUCUGAACUAAAACCCAACUAUUUGUUAUACAACACGCUUCUGUUUCAGAUACACAAGUAUAGUAUUGAAUGAUAAAAUUAUGAAUCUUUCUUUUGUGAACUUACUGGUCUAGUUAGUUUAUUAGACAACACACUCAAGUUUCAGAUACAUAACUUCGUACUAGUAUAGUAAGUAUAGUGUAUGACAUAAUUAUUCUUUUGUACUUAGAUAGAACUUACUGGUUUCCAAAUGCAAUAUCAAAGUUUUCAAUCUUGA